UGAGGGGCGGGGCUAAAUGCCGAAGGGGCGGGGCGGCGGUGAUGGGCGCGGAGGCUUAGCCCGCGAAGGGGCUCCGUGGCGGCUGCAGCGGGCGGGCAGCGGUGGUGGUGCGGGAUGGGACGGAGCGCGGCGUCAGAGGAAGCCACCUGAAUGUGCUAGCAAGUUACAGAACAGCUGUCUUCUCAAAGGUGUAAACAGAGGAUAUUCCCUACUCCCUUUUUUAAAUGGUUGUGAGCCAUGCCUUUGGUGAAAAGGAACAUUGAACCACGGCAUCUCUGCCGAGGAGCUCUGCCAGAGGGAAUCACUAGUGAACUGGAAUGUGUAACAAAUAGCACCCUUGCUGCUAUCAUACGCCAGCUUAGCAGCUUAAGCAAACAUGCUGAAGAUAUAUUUGGUGAAUUGUUUAAUGAAGCCAACAGCUUCUACAUCAGAGCAAAUUCCCUUCAAGACAGAAUUGAUCGCCUUGCUGUCAAAGUUACACAGCUGGAUUCAACAGUAGAAGAGGUAUCAUUGCAGGAUAUCAACAUGAAGAAAGCAUUCAAGAGCUCAACAAUUCAAGAUCAGCAGGUAGUUUCAAAGAACAGCAUUCCUAACCCAGUGGCUGAUAUUUAUAAUCAGAGUGACAAGCCACCACCUCUGAAUAUUCUUUCACCUUAUAGGGAUGAUAAGAAAGAUGGAUUGAAGUUCUAUACUGAUCCUUCCUAUUUUUUUGAUCUUUGGAAAGAAAAAAUGUUACAAGAUACUGAAGAUAAGCGAAAAGAAAAGAGGAGACAAAAGGAGCAAAAACGUAUAGAUGGCACCACCCGUGAGGUGAAAAAGGUUAGAAAAGCCAGGAACAGACGCCAGGAGUGGAAUAUGAUGGCAUAUGACAAAGAGCUUAGACCUGACAACAGGUUGUCUCAAAGUGUGUACCAUGGAGCAUCUUCCGAGGGAUCACUGUCCCCAGAUACUAGGUCCCAUGCAUCUGAUGUUACAGAUUAUUCUUAUCCUGCUACUCCGAAUCAUUCCCUCCAUCAGCAGAUAGCAAUGCCUUCAUAUGGAACGGGAGAUGGUCCACAGUACAUGGCAGCAUCCCAAAGCCAUGAGCAUGAAUACAGACCACCUUCCACCACUGUACGACAUGCUACUUUAAACAGACCUCAGCAACCACCUCCACCUCCACCCCAGCCUUCUGAUGGCCAGCAUAGCUCAGUACCUGUGGUACCAGCAGAAUAUGGGAUGCUUCCAGCUCAGAUGGUGGAUUAUUACAAUCCUACAGGUCCUCCCCCUCCUCCUCCUCCUCCUCCUAUGAUUCCUUCCGCACAAACUGCAUUUGUUAGUCCCCUUCAACUUCCUGUGCCGCCUUCCCAUUCUGGACCGGUGACUGGCUCUGCAUAUGCAGCUACUCAUCCUCCUCCUUCUAGUGGGCUUAUUGUCACUGCUCCUCCUCCUCCUGGCCCACCUCCUCCCCCUCCAGGCCCUCCUGUUACAGGUUCAUCCCUCUCUUCCUCCCCAAUGCAUGCUCCUCUAGCUAUGGAGGCAAAACGUCAUGAACCCACACAGGCACCAAUAAGUGAUGCACGGAGUGACCUCCUUGCUGCCAUUCGAAUGGGAAUUCAGCUGAAAAAGGUGCAGGAGCAACGUGAGCAAGAAGCAAAGCGCGAGCCUGUUGGAAAUGAUGUGGCAACCAUCCUUUCGAGACGCAUUGCUGUAGAAUACAGUGAUUCUGAUGACGAUUCAGAGUUUGAUGAGAACGACUGGUCAGAUUGAACUUGGUCCAAGCCACGUAGCGAGUUCAUUAAAUACUUGGCUUCAGUGAUUGCUUUCUUAGCAAGAUGUAAAGCAGGACGUUGACAUCUAUUAAGGCUAGUGAUCAAA